UUAUUUUUUUAUUACCUGCCAAGAAUAAAACACGUAUCGCGUAAGGAGGUUGUUUAUUUUAUGUAUAUUGUAAAAGUUCAUUAGAAAUAAAUAAAAAAUAAGUGCGUCAUUAAGUGGAUUGUGGAAGAUAAAAUCUUUGUAUAAACAUGGAGGCCAUAGCAAAUCAUCCACUAAUAGAAGUCACAAGUGAUGACAUCACAAAGGCGAGGGAAUUUUACGAAAUAAAUGACGUCACAAGGAUAAAACAAAGUUUAGAUACGAUUUAUGAGUGGUGUAAUAAACAAGAUCAUUUGAUAAAUGCAUUGAAAGUUAUGGAUCGCAAUCUCCUAGAACGGAUAUUGAUUUUAUCCAGAGGAUCUGUGGAAGCGGCUAAGACCAAAAUAGACAAGUUAUUAACAUCUAGGGGAAUGAUGCCAGAACUAGCUCUGAAUAAGAGCGUUGAAGAGUUUGAAUUAUUGUGGGAUUAUGGACUAUAUGUGCCGCUCCCAAAGCUUCAUAAAGUAGAUCAGUCCCGAGUGAUGGUGACGCAGUUUCUCUCCGAAAAACUCGACGCGUUCAGCUUACUGUCAUACUUUCGUUAUGCAUUCAUGAUCGGUGAAUACAGACUACACUACGACUAUUGUCUAUCUGAACGGUAUAUAAUCGAUCUAACUAACAUACAUAUUGGCCUUGUUACAAAGGUCAACCCAAUAGUUGUAAAAAAAGCAGAGGUUUUGUGUACGGAAGGUUUUGGAACUAAAAUAAAAGGCAUCCACCUAUUGAACGCGCCACCAUUUGUCGAUAAAAUCGUGUUUUUAAUAAAACAAGGUUUGAAGGAAAAGGUUGCUAGUAGACUCCAUGUCCACAACUCCUACGCCGAACUACACAAACAUAUUCCUAAGGAAAUACUUCCUAAAGAUUUCGAUGGGGAUGGACCGUCGUUAAUAAAAUUAGCAGAGCAAUGGAAAGAAACACUAAAAACCGAAGAAGCAAGGAAAAUAAUUAAAGACAUGGACCAGUUGGUGGCAGAUGAAUCUCGUAGAAGCUCAUCAAAAUUUAACGAGGAAUAUUUAGGGAUGCCAGGCUCAUUUAGAAAAUUAAACGUAGAUUAGAAAAUGGUUUACACGGGUUUUCUAUGUAUUCAGGUAUCUAUAUCUAAGCUAGUUAAAUUACAUGACAUUUUAGCUAAUUCUAAAUCAAUGCAGAUACAAUGUAUAUUACCAAUUAUUAUUAUUAAUGCUUGUUUAUUAUUCUGUAGUUUGUGUAUUAUAUAGUUAUUAGUAUUGUUUGGUAGCGGAUCCGCAACUUUCUUUGCAUUAUUAUUAUUAUUAAAACUAAUUAUUUCAACCUUAUAAAAAUAAAAUAUUUAUAAGAUAACACAACACGUUAAAUAUGUAUAAGAAUUUAAUUUAGAAUGUUUUACUUCAAAUAAAGUUUAUUGUUUGGUUGGGUCUUUAGGUAUUUAGUCUUUAGGAAGGAAAAUAUUACCUCCUCCAGCUACAUUCACCUUGAUUUUGACGCUUCCGUGCAUUCUUAGCUUUCUAUUCACGAUUUCUUUCCAAGACCAAAACGUUUUCCUCAAAUAAAUAUAUUUAUUAACAUA